UAGCCAUAAACCUUAAAACCCCACGCCUAAAAACCCUCUUCCCCUGUUUCAGUUGCUUGUUGGAUCCAACUCCAACCAUAACAUUUAACUCUAAAGAAGUUCAUAUUUUGAAGGAAGCAAAUCAAAUGGCUUAUCGGCGAAGCUUAACAACAAGAGCUAAGUUUCUUUAUCAGCAAAAAGGAGCUGCUCCAGCAAUUUGUUACACCCAUGAUGAUGAUCGUAAAACCCACGACUUACCCAGUUGUGAAAAUCCAAGAAUUUCCAGUUUUUUCCAACCCCAUUAUGCCAGAAGUGAAAUAAACAGUUUUAAUGGCUCUAAAAACCCAUUUCAAAAUCGGAGAUUUUUCCCUUCACACCUCAUGAUUCCGAUGAAUUCGGGGCCUAUGUUUAGCAGGAGUAUGUCUAGUAGUGUUGGUGGAGGAGCAGAGAAGAUAGAGUACAUCAGUGAAGUCGCUGAGCUGGCUGAUAAGGCUGUUGAAGCAGUAGCUUCUCAAGUUCCAGCAGUGAAUGAGGUGGCAAUUGCUACUGCGGACUCGUAUUUGCCGGUGAAGGCAUUGCAGUAUUUGAUCGAUUAUGUUCAUAUUUUUACUGGGUUUGAUUGGUGGGCAUCAAUUAUCGCUACAACUAUUGUUAUUCGGUGUAUAACUCUUCCAUUGAUGAUUAAUCAGCUCAAGGCUACUACAAAAUUUGCGAUUCUGAAGCCAAAACUGGAUGAAAUUAACGAAGAGAUGCAAAAUAGGGGUAUGGCUCCAGCAGCUGUGGCUGAAGGUCAACAAAGAAUGCAGGCAGCUAUGAAGGAAUAUGGAGUUACACCCUUCACUCCCUUAAAAGGAAUUUUAAUACAAGGGCCAAUCUUUGUCAGUUUCUUUAUGGCUAUUUCAAACAUGGUGGAAAAAGUCCCAUCUUUCAAACAGGGGGGAGUAUUAUGGUUUACUGAUUUAACUGUUACAGAUAGUAUGUACAUCUUCCCAGUUUUGACGGCAUUGACUUUCUGGAUAACGGUGGAGUGCAAUGCUCAAGAAGGACUGGAAGGAAAUCCUUCAGCUAAAACUAUAAAAAAUGUCUCACGGGCCUUUGCUGCAUUGACUAUCCCAUUUACUGCUGGUUUUCCCAAGGCAGUAUUCUGCUAUUGGAUGACCUCAAAUCUAUUUUCACUCUCAUAUGGAUUAUUGGUUAAAAGACCCGCGGUUAAGAAGUUUCUUGGCGUUCCUAUAAUACCUGUCACUCCUAAAUCUGAACAAAAGCCGGGACUCCCAUUUUUCGAAACUCUCAAGAAAUAUGCUGCAGCGCAUAAGCAGAUAGCAGAACAACAGCACAUGCAAUCAUCGCCUGCUGUGGCAUCAGAACCCACAAGUCAAGGUUUAUCGUCAUCAUCAGCGCACUCUGUUCUUGGUCAAAGGAUCGCAACCUUGGAGAAACAGGUAAAAAGAAGAAAGAACAACAAGAAGAGGCGAUGAACACGCAUGAUUAAAGGUGAAAAAUUGGUCAAGCAGAUCGCUAGUUAUUGGUUAUUGAUGGCGCGUAUACGCAAUUAAAAGUUAUAUUAGUCAAGAUAAUUGUUGCAGAAGCUCAUUUUUUCCAUAAAGUUCAUGAUUCUUGAGAAUGUAGAGAUUCAUAGAGAUACCAUCAGAAACAUAGUGUUCUUUUUUUGUUUUGUUUCAAUUUUAAUAUGAAUAUAGGCAUUCUAUAAAUAUUGUUUACUCACAGAAAAUUUGUAAUGAUGACCAGAAUAUAUACUGCAGCACAAGAUGCAUAGUUGCUGUAAUAAACAAUUCCAUUUUUUAGUUU